GUUAAUUUCUAAACAGGCGAAAAUAUUUUUGCAUUGCAAUUAUAUUGAAUGAUGGUUUCUAAUGUUUCUAUAUUUAUUAUUUAAAGCCCAAUAUAGGUUAGUAUUGAAAAUAUAGAAUUAUUCCGUUUUAUAAUCACCGUCUUUUCAAAGAUCUAUCUCGGAUUCAUUUGUUCUCGUAGCCUUAUUUCAUAAAAAAACCUGAUAAGUUGAAUAGUGGAAAACAGACAAUAAUUAAAUUAAGAACAAAAACUGGAGUCCAGAAUUAAUGCAGUCUCGACUUGUGUUCCAUUGCCUAUAUUUAUCAUCAUCAUUGGCCAUCAUAUUAUGAAUAAUUAUGAUUAAAAAAGAAAAUUAAAAUAGAGCAAUAGAAAUACCUAGGUAUAUGACGAAACAAAAGUUAAAUGUUUAAGUACACACUACCUUCUGACAGACAAAUCACCGUUUUCUCAUAAUGCGUGAUUUUUUUAAUUCUUAUGCAUUACGUUGUACUAUGAUAUACACACAGGUACUUAUUUCUGUAAUGCCUAAGCUCGCAUCGCGGCAUUGGUAUGCGGCGACGGGUCAUGCUUUCACGUGCGUUCUAGGUAACCUACCGCUCACCCACAUUUUACUUACGAUGCAAGAUAAGGUUCUGAAAACGCCGAGUCUUAUAAAUUGUGAUAUCUGUGAGUCUGUACAUAUCUUAGGUACAAGCAUUUAGUACUAGCCUCGCCUCGUCGUUUUACCCGCUUAGUUCCUGUUUAAUUGGGAAUACAGAAAGCUACAAAAUAAAGAUUUUGUUUCUUGUUGAGUAAAAUAGGAAUGGAGAAUAAGUAUGAAACUUUUCGAGUAUGAUAGGAUUUCAAAAUUGGUUUAGUAAUUAAACCGCAAAUGCGUAACACAAACGCACUUACAUUCUUUCUUUCUUAAAAACUAGCUAAAUAUCGUCUCGAAUUUCUAAGUAAUAGGCACCUUAUUAGUCUGAUUCCAUUUGAUUAAUCCUCAGUUUCCACCACAAGCUACAUAGGCAGCUUAUCAAGUAUCAAGUUGAAAGAAGGAUGGAUAUUAAUUUCCGGUAACCUUGUAACUAAUGGCAAGUACUAUGAGUCAUCAAAUCCCAGCUGAAUUAUCUAUCCUGCUAGAAUUUACCUACUUGUGGAGCUUUGACAAUGUAUUGUAUUCAAAUAAUAAUCCAAUUUAAAUUAAUUUUGACAUUAUGGGAAUAAUGAAGAAAAUACGUAUACAUAAAUCUUUUCAAACAAUCAGACUUACAAUUGUUUAGGGCCUUACCGAAUAGGCUUUUAGUUCAUAGAAAGAUAAGAGGCUGCAUUAGGCUUCAGGUUGCCGGCGAAAUACACAGCUACGUCUCAUUUGGUUUUACGGCUAAUCCCGAGAUAAUUAUCCAUGAAUUGGUUGCUAUUUAACGACACAAUAAAAUUAUGUAGUUUAUCGUUAAAUUAUAUCCACUAUAUUUUCUAAUAAGAUUCGAUUUAAUCAUAAUUUCGAAUUAAAGGCUAUAAAAAUGAUGUUAACACUUAUAGUUUUAAUGUUAUGACGUGUUGCAUCAGCGAGCGUAACAUUACACGUAUUUAAUCCUCAUUCGACUUGUUUCCUAAUCAGCAAAAUCAAUAAAGUUGGAGUUUGUGAGGGUUGGGAGAGCGCGGGCCGCGCCGCACCGGCCGCGCCGCUCGAUACGCGCGGCGCGCGCGUACCGUGCGUCAUCCAGUCGAGAGCCACCCUGCCUCACCACCAGUCUCACAUUGUGUACACAUCAAACAAUAACGUACACCUCUCUAACGUAAAACAACCAAAAAGUGACGUAUCAAAAAAAUCGCGAAAAACCAAUCACACGUGGACCAUUUUACAACGAAAAUUGAAUUUUAUUACAAGGCUUAAUUAAGCGCAAAUUUAAAAGAAAUCUUUAUAUAAUCAAAAUCGUCCGCUAUUACAAAGAUUACCAAAUGGAAAUAUUUUAAUAUACAGCACCUAGAAAAAUAUUGAGAUUUUAUAAUAACAGAUAUAAGUGAAGUUACGAUUUAAGUUCGCAAUAAAGUCAAUUUAUAACAUUAAAACUUUAAUCAGUAAGUGAAUCAGAAUAAACAAAAUGAAUGAGAUUGAUUUAAUUAAAGAGGUGGAAAAGCGACCCAUCCUGUACGAUAAGUCUGUCAGCGGGUUCAACAAGACAAAGCUGAGAGACGACGCGUGGAAGGAGGUGCAGGAGUCGCUCAACGUAUCUGUUUUUUAUUUUUCAGAAUCGGAGUGCAAGAAGCGAUGGCGAUCGCUCCGGGAUUCCUUUAUAAAGCUGCAACGGACUCACGGAGGCCGAACCCGGUGGCCUUACCACCAAGCCAUGAGGUUUCUACUACCUCACAUAGAACCCAAGGAUAGCGGGAAACUCAGUUCUGGCGAUCAAACAAUAUUUUUAAUAAAAAAAGAGGCGGACGAUUCAGACGCAGAAGAAGAAUUAAAUCGGCAACGAGCGAUACAAUGCCUGCCAGAUAUUGCGUUUACUCAGGACACGAAGUAUGAGGAUGACGAUGACGACGACAGCGAAUCUUCACCAAAGAAAAUUCGGCUAAACUCCAUCGAAGACGACUCCAACCCCUGUCAGUGCAACAGGACAGACCCCGACGAGUUGUUCCUGCUCAGUUGCGCCCCCACUCUGAAAAGGUUGAACCCCAAACAGAACGCCCUCGCACGACUUAAAAUCCAACAAGUCCUUUUAGAAUCAGAAUUCGGAUCGCAAGCAGACAUCCCCUACGUCACUCCGGCCAGUGAUUGUGGUUACGAUGGUUCAGAAUAGUCGUAACAGUGAUUACCAAGUUUUAGAUAAAUAGCACAGAUUUUAAGGCUAAAUAUACACGAAAUUAGGACAUUUUACAACCUAAGUUUUACUGUUAUUCUGGUUUUGCUCUUGAAAAAUAUUUAUUAAAGGAGAAUUAGUGAAAAGAGAUUUGUGUCCACAUUCUUAUCAGUCUAUACCGUUUAAUGAAAAAAGGAUAAGGUUUGUACAGAAAAAUCAUAUUUACUUACCUCAUACUUAGUUCUAGUGAGAACUUAGAACUCCUAACACACAAACUGUUAUCAUUCAGUAGAAAGAAUAGCUAGACAAUGUUUGUUUAAUUAUAUUUAGUUUGAAAACACGCAUUUGUUAAAACGUAAGAUAUCUCACACAGCCUUUUAUUUUUUGUUUGGGAGAAAAAGAAUAUGCAAUUUAAAUAUUUUAAAACUUUUUUCCCGAAAAAUAAAAAUUAAAGUAACGGUGUUUACUUCAAUACUCCUACUCCUAGUCCUAGAUAAGGACUGUAGCACCCUGUAGCAUUCAUUAAAAUUAGUUUUAGAAGAAUAAAACCAUUUUAAUUCAGUGAUACGAAUUUGGCAGAAUGAUUGAGUGUCUGUGCGAUAAGCAUUUUUUUUGGCUUAUGAGCAUUUCUAAUUCAUUUCAUUGAUUAAGUUAGGUAUUUUAUUUAUGAAUUAGAUAAUACAAUUGUACAUUAAAUCUUUUAAAGUUU